AUGAACGAGAAAUGCAGCACUAAUGAAGAGGAAGUUAACUGCCUUUUGUGUAACGAAAAUGUGACUGCACGCUGCAUGGACUGUUCAAAAUUCUUUUGUACAGAAUGUGUUGAAAACCAUCAGAAAAUACCUUCUUGUCAAAGUCAUACUGUGAUGACCUUAGAGCACUAUCAGUCUAUGAAUUGUUCAUGGCCUGUAUGUAGGGAUUGCACUGUCGUCGUUCACAAACAACAUGAUAUUGAGGACCUGAAAACAGCAUUUGAAAAUUUAAAAAAAGAAGCUAACACAGUUCUGAGUUACUGUUUAGCUAAAGAGAUGGAAAUGAAGAAGGGAUUUGAUCAGCAUCUUCAAGAUACAGAAGCACAAAAUCAGUCUGUGGCCAUAUGCAAAAAGGAUAUUGAACGCUUCGCAGACGAACUUCAUCAGGUGAUUGAUAAUUCUAAACAGCAGGUAUUGGCUAAUUUGGAUAAACAAUCUAAGUCCGCUCUGCAAAAUAGUGAGGCUGCAAAAAAUGAGAAAGAGGAGAAAUUGAGCCAACUGUAUGAAGUUUUACAGCUUGUCAAGAGAUUAGUUCAAGCCCCUUGCUCUAUUGCAGAUAUGACUGAUGCCAGUGAAAUUCUAAAAAAGGCUAAACAAAUGAGUGGUCAGCGAGAAUGUGCAGUGGCCAAAGGAAAAUCUCAAACGCAGUCUUUCGAAACAACUGCUAAAAGAGGUGCAGAUGGUAACAAUUCGGCUAUUCCGUUUUGUUUUGAAGAGAGAAAACACCUUAAAAGGUUUCUUUCAUCACAAGCUAUAGGAACAAUUGAAUUUAAACAAAACAAGCAACCAUGUACGAGCACAUCAAAACAAUUUAGGGAACGUAUUUCGUGUCCGUCCCCAUUGUAA